UCACGAAAAACGCAUUGUGUUUCUAUUUCCUUCUCUCCAUUUCUCCGUGUUUUCUGCGUUGCUUUCGAAAAUGGUGAGCGCUUCAGUAGCUCGCAACAUCAUCGGAAUCAUAGGAAAUGUCAUCUCCUUCGGCUUGUUCUUCUCACCAGCCCCAACAUUCUACAAAAUUAUAAAGCAGAAGUCGGUGGAGGAGUUCAAGCCUGAUCCUUACAUAGCUACGGUAUUGAACUGUGCGUUUUGGGUGUUGUAUGGAAUGCCAUUUGUGCACCCAAACAGUCUUUUGGUGGUGACCAUCAACAGCGUUGGACUUGUGAUCGAGUUCGUCUAUCUUGCUAUAUUUCUCAUCUAUGCAACCAACAAAGGACGGAAAAAGGUGUCGAUUUUACUUCUGAGCGAGGCUAUUUUCUUUGCUACAAUUAUUCUCAUAACAAUGCUAGCACUGCAUGGCUCCAAGCGAAGGUCGUUGAUUGUUGGCAUCGUCUGCGAUGUCUUCAAUGUGAUGAUGUAUGUUUCUCCUCUUACAAUCAUAGCUAAGGUUAUAAAAACGAAGAGUGUGAAAUACAUGCCAUUCUGGCUAUCUCUGGCGAACUUUCUUAAUGGUGUGUGCUGGACCACAUAUGCUCUUAUCCACCCCUUCGACAUCUAUGUUCUGAUCAGUAACAGCAUUGGCGUAGUCUCUGGACUGGUUCAGCUCAUCUUGUAUGCUUCCUACUGUUGGAGAGGAGAAAACAAUGAUGAUAACACAACUGAGGUUCAACUCUCUCAACGCCCCCGAGAUCUUGAAGCUUGAUUUUUUCUUUUCAUUUAUAUUUUUAUGUGUUUCGUAUAUAUCACUUGUGCUUUUAUAUGCGUUUCAU